CAUCGAUCUCAGCGCCGCUGUUGAAUCCGACGAUCAGGACUCCUCCGACAUGCAUUCCCACGGCAGCGGCAAGGCCAAGCUCUGCGCCAGAGGCCAUUGGCGCCCCGCGGAAGACACCAAACCGAAGGAGCUCGUCGCCCUCUACGGCCCCCAAAAUUGGAAUCUCAUCGCCGAGAAAUUGGACGGAAGAUCCGGGAAAAGCUGCAGGCUGCGGUGGUUCAACCAGCUGGACCCGAGGAUAAACCGGCGGGCGUUCACGGAGGAGGAGGAGGAGGGGCUGAUGGCGGCGCACAGAAUGUACGGAAACAAAUGGUGAUGAUUGCACGCUUGUUUCCUCUAGAGAGAAACAAUUUGGGGCUAUUUUUUAAUUCUUUUGGGGUUAGUUUCAUUAUUUGGAAUUGGAU